AUGUGGGCGUGUUUGUUUCGCGCGGCGAAAAGGGGUCCGGUCGACAGGUGCGUGUGGCGGCUCGUGACUUGUUUGAUGUGUCGAAACGGGCGUUCAAAAGAAGUCGGAAAGCUGCACAAGAGUUCCCACGUGUGGGUGCUGAGGGACUACUCCCGUCACAAAGCACGGCUAGGCGCAGGCCAGGCCGUCCAGAGCCCUGAAUUCACGGCGGGAGGCCACCGCUGGGCUAUCUUGUUCUACCCCAACGGCUAUGACCCCGAAGCCCAGAGCCAAGGCUACGCGUCCAUGUACUUGUCCCUGACGAGCGUCGGCGCCGGCGGCAACGGCAACGGCAGCAACGGCGUCCAGUUGCUGUACGGGAUGUACGCGACGACUGCAGACGAAAAAUUGGGUAUCAACAUGUUCAAGAGUCAAUCGGAGAUCGUGUGCCUCAGUCCCGGCCAACACUCUGGUUCGCGCCUAUUCCUCAAGUGGUCCUUCCUUGAUACCCCCGGCAACGGUUACCUGAGGGACGAUUGCCUGAGGCUACUGUACUUUAUUGGAAUCCUCGAUCGCCCCUUACCAAUAAAUCACCCCUUUCUCAGGUUCCCAGGCCGCGCCCCAGCCCCAGCCACCGCCAACGACGAUUCCCUCAAAGAGAUAUGCUCAUCCUUGUUUAAGGAGGUGGUUCGUUGUAAGAAAUCUGCUUGUGCCGUCCUACAAAGGGAACUUUUGGCAAUUUCAUCUGCUCCUCAGGGGAAGCUAUUGGAAAGUGUUAUUUGGGCAACUAAAAUGUCUAUAAACCAACCACAAAGAUCAAUAUCAUGUGGGAAUUCGGUUCAAUUGGUCUCCAAAUCAUUGUCCGAAAAGCUCCUCGAAAAAUACUUCGAUGCUUUGGAGUUUGAUUUGGACUACAAGGAAAGCGCGUUGUGGUCCCCACUCAAGCAAGAAAAUGAGAAGCUUGAGGAAGAAGACAAGUUGAAAGUGAAGAAAAUCUCUCCAUUCAGACUAUCCUCACUCCUCCGCCUCGAGAAGGACCCGAAGCGAGCUCUCCAUCUCUUCCUCAACCCGAACCCGAACGACCGAAGCCCGAACCCGAAACCCUUCCGCCACUCCCUCCUAUCCUACGACCUCAUCAUCACCAAGCUCGGCCGGGCCCGAUUGUUCCCGGAGAUGGAGUCCGUCCUCGACAAACUGAAGAACGACACCAGAAUCGCCGCCGAAGAAGUCAUCUUCUGCAACGUCAUCACCUUCUACGGCCGGGCCCGAUCCCCCCUCGAGGCCCGCCGCGCGUUCGACGAGAUCCCCGCCUUCCGCUGCCGCCGGACGAUCAAAUCGUUCAACACGCUUCUCAGCAGCCUCGCCGCCUGCCGGGAGCUCGGCAUGGCCCGUGACCUGCUCGACGAGAUCCGCGAUUUCGGGGGCCCGGACGCCUGCACGUACAACAUUCUGAUCCGGACCUUCCUUGCCCGGCCCGAUCUCGCCGGUGCCCGCCACCUGUUCGACGAAAUGCUCAGCCAAGGCGUGACCCCCAAUUCCGUCACUUUCGGGACCCUCAUCAACGGGCUCUGCGCGAAUUCGGAGCUGGACGAAGCCUUCAGGCUGAAGACGCAAAUGGAGGAGGAAUUGAAGAUCAGGCCCGACGAGCCCGUAUACGUCCCUCUAAUCAAAGCUCUCUGCAAAGCCAGCCAGCUCAGCCGAGCCAUGGACCUAAAGGAAGAAAUGUCGAGGAGAGGGGUUCGAGUGGGGCCCGCAGUCUACUCCACGCUGAUCAGCGCGUUUUUCAAGGCGGGCCGAAAGGGGGAAGUCUCUGGGCUUUUAGACGAGAUGGGCCGGCAAGGGUGUAGGCCCGACACUGUCACGCACAACGCGAUUAUCCACGGGCUCUGUCGUGAUCGGGAGUUCGGGCCCGCAAUCGAGGCCUUGGCCCAAAUGGAGAGAGAUGGGUGCAAACCGGACGUGAUUAGCUACAACUUGAUCGUGGGCUCGCUUUGUAGGGCCGGGAAAAUCGACGAGGCCCACGACUUGUUCGAGGACAUGCCGAGAAGGGGGUGCCGACCAGACGUGGUGGCGUACCGCACGAUUUUCGAGGGCUUUUGCGACGCGGGCCGGUUUCGGGAGGCGGCCGGAGUUUUGGAUGAGAUGGUUUUUAUGGGGCACGCGGGUAGUUCGUGUUUGGACGUGAGUCGACGAGUGGAUGAGUUGGCGGCGUUUGUUUGGGGGGAAAAGAUGAUGUGGGUGUGUUUGUUUCGCGCGGCGAAAAGGGGUCCGGUCGACAGGUGCGUAUGGCGGCUCGUGACUUGUUUGGUGUGUCGGGACGGGCGUUCGAGUGCUCGAGAGAUGUUUGAUCGAUUGAUAAACGAAUAA